AGCUAGUGUCAGCGCAACGACAAAACACAUGUGUUCUCAGGCAUCGCGGAACGUGAGACAGUCAGUGUAGUGUCAGAAAAACUGCCCAAAAUGGCAUUUUCUUCCUCAAAAUUAGUUCUCAACGCUGUCAGCAGGGCUGUUUACAAUGGAAGACAGUUCAGUAGUUUCAAAUUAUCCUCCAGAUAUUUGCUGAAAUCAUCACAAGAAUGUCAAACACCGCGUACCUUGUCACGAUCGAUGUGGAAUUUGUGCACCAGCGGCAGCCGGCGAAACUCCACGGGGAACCGCGGGGACGACACGUUAGGACCGCUGGUAGGUGGUACUGGAGCAACACGGAUUUCUUGGCCAAGUAAAACCUGUUCUUGCGGCUGUAAAGGCGCUUGCUUGCAUACUGAAGCUGAUAGUGAUUUAGUGAAAUUCUUGAAAGAAGAGAUUGAGGUCGAACAAGGCAGUCUAACAGACGUUCCAAAGAUUCCAGGUUUUGAAGUCACUGUUGAUGAUGCAGAAAUCACACUCACCAGGAAUAUAGAAGGAGAGAGGAUAACAGUUCGGUUGAACAUCAAUCAUUCAGUAGAGAUGGAAGAAGGAGAUGAGCAGGGUCAAGACGUUGCUCCAGAAAUGAGAUCGUAUCCAGACUUUAACGUCGAGGUCAGCAAGGGAGGCCCAAACAGCCUGAGAAUAAGCUGUGCUUUUCAGAGGGACGAUGUCCUUGAUGAUCAGGGGGUCGAUCAAGAAGCCAAUGGUGAUGAUGAACUCUUCCUCAUUGAUGAGGUCCUUUUUGCCAAAGAGGGAGUUUCGACAGACAACCUUGAGAGUGCUUACCGUGUAGGGUCAGAGGUCAUCAAUGGGGAGCUCUAUGAUCAUCUAAAGAAUUUCUUGGCCGAGAGGGGCAUCACAAAUGAUUUCUGCGAGAAGCUCUCAGACCUAGCAAGUGCAGUGGAACAUCGGCAGUACAUCAGUUUCCUUGACCAACUACGAGGGUUUGUCAAGAAAUGAUUCAAUCAAACCUACCUUGGACUUUUGUAGUUUGUCUCUUAUCUCAUUCUUUUACACAACCACGGCCAACCUUGAUAAUGUACUAUGACUGAAGUCCUUUGACCGGAUGCAUCGUACUGCACAGCAUGGCCUGAAUCUAGAAAACGUCUUAGGGGAGACACUGCAGCUCCUCUGUUUCAGUGAAUCUCUCUUUUAUGAUGAACACCAAAUUAUCAUGGGAUAUUGAUUUUAUUACUCUGAAGUUCCUUCUCCAGUUUGUUUGUAGCGUCCUGUAUGUGGGCUAGUAUUAUACUAUUUUUUGAUAGGUAAAGGUGUAUGCUGUUUUGCCAUGAAAAUUUGAUAUGAAUUCAAUAGUAAAUCACUACACCAAACUCUUUUGCAGCUGGAAACUUCAUUUUUUAUUUCAUAAAAGGUAAACAAGCUCUCUGUUUGAUACAGCAUACUGAUCUCCACUUUCAAGUGCAUUUGUGCGAACAUAGCUCUUGGGAAUGUUUGUCAUUAAAUUAUGAUAAACUUUAAUUAACACAUUAGUUAAUGUUUACUUUAUGAAGGUUUUAUGCAGAAGUCCUUGUCAUAAGACAUUGUAAGUGGAAAAGAGGUUUCUUUUACAUGUAUCUCCUUUUAUGUAGUGUCUGGGCCCUUUCUCACAAAGAGUUGCCAUUAAUCCAAUCAAUCACACCAACUCCAACCUCUAGAAGGCAUAUGUCCAUUUAAUUAAAGUGGUUGUUUUUAAUAUGAUGUUCAUUGUUUGCAUCCGUAUCAUGACAAGUCAGUGGGUUCUGCUUUUUAAAGGGAUAUUGCAUAUAUUUUCAAGCAUGAAAAUCAUGACAUUGAAGGAUUUUUUAUAGAUGAUCUGAUCAAUCACAAGUCUUUGUAAGACAGGGCCCUGGGCAUGCAAGUAAUAAGAGAGUAUGCCACUUGGUGAUUUUAAGUUCAUUGUAUACAGCUGGUGUUGGUUUUUGUCUGAUUCUUUUGCAAUGAACUUGAUAGGAGGGUGGUGUUUGUCUGACAUCACCUGGGCCCCGUAACACAAAGGUUAGCAAUUAAUUGCUUCUUUCAAAGAACUUUUCUGGUUCUUUGUCAGUCUACCUAGCAAAAUGCACAUGCAACAAUGAUCUUGAUAAGCCGUUUCAUUUAGUGAUUAAUCGCUAGCCUUUGUGUUACGGGUCCCAGGUGUUGUGAAAUCAAUGAUGUGAUUGAUAUAAUUAUGUAUUUCUCUUUACCUUUGUGCUCGCAUGCACCAGUGAGCAGUAAAAGAAGUAUACCAUGCACUCUAAAAUUGCGUAAAUAAUUUUGCACGUGUACAUACUGAUAGUACAGGUAUUGUAUGCAUGGUUUUUUUUAUGCUAAGGUAAAAAUCCACCUUUUUCUACCCACUAUCAUAUUCUUUUAUUUUGUACCCAACUUUUCACAUCAACCUGUUUUAUAACAGAUUCUGCACAUGUUUGUAGUGUUACUGGCUGACACUGCAUCACCACAUAUAACACUCUUAAACCUAUGUAUUGUUUUUAUUAUUUACCCACAAUGGAUACUUUGUGUGGUAGGCAGCAUGACUCAAACUUUUAACACAAACUUCCAACAAUGAACUUUAAAUCGCCCAUCAUGUUUGUGAGGUACUUUACCAUGUCUUGUAUGGACAAGUCUUUAAUCUAUUAAAUUCAGGUCUAAUCUACUUCA